CCCACCUCUAGCAAAACGUCAAACCUCUCCGUCGCGUGCGGGUGCUUCUUGUCGGAGCCAUUCAGUUUCAGUUCGCGUUAUUUCGCAAGUCGCGCAUGUUAACGUCAAUUUUGUAGUGACAUCACGAAAAUUUAGGGCGUGUGUGUUCAGUGAUAUUUAAAUAUUGUUAAAUAACACGAGAAAAUGUCUUUCAAUACCGAUAUAUCAAGUAAAUUGGAGAAUAGCAGGAACACCCUGCGCAAAAUUGCCAGGCAUGAUGACACUGAAUUCUCAAAGCAGAGCAUACUCAAUGACAUGGAGAAGUUCGUCAAAAUGGUGAAUGUAAUGGACGAGACUGUGCUCGUGCCGAGCCGCCUGAUGAACUUGCCACAGGAGGGUGACGAUGACCCAUUCAACAUGUUCGCCAUGUUGAAUGACUUGAAGACUGAGCUGCUAUGGUCCACUGGCGACACAGACGUGCACGUAGAGCGGGGCAGCAGGCGGGUGUCCGACAUCAGUGACACGGAGAGCGACGCGUCCAGCGCAGCCGGAGACUCUGGCAUCGAGGGCGAGGACGAGAGGGAGUCAGCAGCGCGCGCCGCGGCCGCGUGCCGGCGCCACCUGCGGGGCCUGCGCCGCUCCCUCCGGCACCUCACGGCCGCCGCGGCGCACCUCACGAGAUCCUACCAGGAAGAGGUCGGAGCACCGGUCUAGGGCACAUGCAUAAUAUUCCUGUGAUUAAAGCCUGUCCCGCACGUGUUGUACAUAUAGGAUAAGCGGGCCGAACUGUAUAUAUAGGUUAAUGUGGCUCGGCGUGAUGGGAUUCUCAGUAAGUUAAAGGUUACUAUUUAAAUAAAUUAAAUUUUCAUUA